CCCACUACAGCUCUUCACAAAGGACAGCACCUACAUCAACACACAAAAAAAAAAUCAGACCGAAGAGGCAAAUUCACUUCGUUGUGAAACACGAUCGAAAACCCGCUAUGAUGCCGGUGAACACAAGGCAACCGCCAAGCGGGGCCGGGGGCUCCUUACUUUCCGCACGCGGGCUCCCGCCGCUGCAGCCGAUCGUGUUUAAAAACUCCCCGGAGUCACUCGACGGCUCCUUUCUGCGGAACCAAAUUGCGCAGGGAGGUGCGGCAGUGGCGCCAAAGAGUUUUUACACGGUUCAGAUGCCAGUCGCGUCCACGGUGCCAGUGCCGGUAUUUUUUGGUAGAAGCGGUUGCUCUUGUGCCUGUUCUUCUAGUACCUUUGUCCUAGUUGCCGUUUCCACUCCUGUUGACGCCGUCGUGAGAUGUUGCAGUACUCGUAUAGCAGUGGACUUGCAUGCCAAAAGAUUUCCGUAUGACUAAGUCAAACAAAAUCAUUAUCAGCCACCAAUAUCGCGGAUUUCUCUUGGCACCAGCAGUAGACGGGAACCAGUCACCGUGGAGGAGACGCAGCCACCAGCGACCACGGGGGCAACACGUACUCAGUACUUAGUCGGAAUUAUUUGGCACAAGUCUUCAUACACGGUUCUUCAGCCCAUUCUCCCAUGCAGAUGCGCUCGGGCUAGAGGAGGGAGUAGCACGCAGCAGUCCGGUAAAGGGCACACUGCCAGCGUCAUCAUCUCCCACGCAGAUGCGCAUGACAAAAAGGACAUAGAAGAAGCGCGCGUGUCUUGCAUGACACAAAACGCAAAAACAUCACUUCCUUUAUUAGGUUUUCAAGUCGCCCCUGAUAGCCCGUUAGUUUUCGAGGAGGAGGAAGAUCACAGUAUGGACGAGCACUCGUCAAAGGCCACAAAAGUCGUCGAGCAUGUCGGGAAUCUGAUGGGCACACUACGCAAUACAAAUUUAGUGAUUUACCCCACGACAUGACGCGCAGAAGCAAUGAAUAUGAAUUUUGGCAACUUACUUAAUAAAUAAAGAAAGACUAUUAAGACAUCAUUUGUCACGCCGAACUGCAACCUGUAUCUGUGCGGAGUAGUUGUUGUGAGUAGUAAAUUUACCGUGGAUACGCAUUGCAGCGCUUGCACGGAGAAAACCGAUUUUGGAAAAAUAAGUACCUCACAGCGAAGAAGGAACACUUCGCAAAAUUCUUCACGCAGACGAACAGUAUAAAUUGAGUCCAAGUGCUGGUUUGUUUGCAUUUUUUUCGAUUUUAUGAUUUUGUUUUUGUCUCGUAUGUGGGUUGGAAACCGAAACAUGCGUCAGUAGAGCUUAUCUCUUUAAACGUCUUUUCCUGCCGUUGUUUGAGCAUAUUAACAAACAAAAAUCACAGCCGGCCUCCUCUCACACGUGCUGCAGCUCUGGAAGGACCAAACGAAGGAAGAGAUCUUCAAGAAAAAAAUUGCGGCACUGGAUAUCGUAAUGGAGAGGGAAAAGCAGUCACGGGAAGCCGAGUGGGGAUCCAAAACAACCCAGCAGGAGGAAGGUUUUUACCGUUUCUUUGCUCUGUAAUUUUGUCCGGUCGUUUUCUUAGGUUAAUAGUGUCCCUUUUUCUACUUUGUAGUUUUCAAGCGUGGCUAUUCCAAAGAAGCGCGAUAGCGCCAUCGUCAAGUGGUCGGUGCCGUGUAUGGCAUGUGUAUUGAUGAGUCAACCUAAUCUAGAAGUACAACAACUUUGCACGUUCAAUAAAACCUAGAUUUCCGGCGGCGAGAGAAGGAAAUUGAGGGCUUGGAAAUCGAGCACCACCGACAACUAGAAGAGCUGACGAUGCGUAUGAGAGUGGAAAGUCAACAAAGUUUCUCAUGCGGAUGCGGCUAUUCCUGCUGUCUCUGUCAUGCAUCCACAUGAGAAAUCUUCCAUGUGUUGUCUUUUUCAUAAGCCAGGCUGGCCGUUUGGAAACCACGGUAGCGGAAAGCAGAGAAAACUUUGAGGCCAAUCGCAGUAUCAUCCGGGAGUUCAAGGUACUAUGAAUUGACAUGUUGUACUUACACAAUUUCAAUUGUAGCAGCUCCUUCUUUUUUUAUGAUGCAUCAAAAAACAUGCCUGGCCUGCUCAAUCUGCUACAGAAAUUAUUUAACCCAAACUAUUCACUAUCAGGACCGUCUGUCCGGUGUGGACAGCUGUUCGACCCCGACAUACGUGGACCCGAACAAGGGUGCCGAGUUUCUCCGCGUGCAUCUUCACGAGUGUCUGCAAACCGUCGACCGCCACUACGUGCCGCCCAUUGGCACGAAAAUUUUCAACGUCACGGAGCCGAGCGCCGCCGGCGGGAACGGCGGAAACAACAGCCGACCCUCCUCCGUGCGGCUCAGCCGCCCGGUGUCAGCGAAUACCGCGAUUUAACAAGGGGGGAGGGAAUUGGAAGUGUCUUCGUUCUUCUAGAUGCUUGAUCAUGUGCUGGUAAUCGAAUUGGCGCGGUGAUGAAGUUGGGAUGAUCGCGAAUUCCAGAACUUGCGCCCCGAUGAAGUUCCGCACAUUCAUCGCGUUGGCCCAGCGUAGAAACCAAUGAAAAACGCCCCCCGAGCUUGUGACUUACAUCCGGGCCCAAGUUCUGAAAAGCCGCGGGAGCGGCAUGGGCCCCGUCUGCGUGUUCUGAGCUCCGUAGAGGCGCCAGGAACAGGCUCUCGGCUCGCGCGGGGGUCGCAAAAUCGAUUUUGUGAACAGACAGCCCUCGGUGGGUGCCGCGGCUCAGUCCUCGACAGCCGCUGGGCGCUUGAUGGGGCGCAGAGUCGGGGGUUUUAGUUACUUCAGGCUCGCAGAAUCGUCUGCGGGUUCAAUCACCCGAGGCGCGCAAAAUCGAUUUUGUUGGCCCGCUCCUUGUGCGAUGUCCGCGUCAGUGGUGGUGCGGUAGGGCCCGUUGCCCGUACCUCAUAGGGCGCGGGCUGGGACGGGGGUUGGUAAGGCAUUGGCGUGGGAGACUGCAUCCGCGAAGAAAGGGCGGACACACAAAAUCGAUUUUGUGGGAGAUCCGCUAAAGCGCAUAGCUGGAAGCUCUCCCCCCUAGUCCGUCGGCCCGGCGGAUUGCGUGGCGCACCGCCUCGAUAUUGAGCCACGCGGCCGCUCGAUUCUGUCGGACCUGGGAAGCUGCGAAAUCGAUUUUGUGUGGUCGGGCGAUUGUGUGGCCUUCAACAGCCCUUGCGCGACCCACAACAUCGAACCACCUGUGGUCAGCUCAAAACCGGCCUUGUGGUCGGCGCUGCGUUCUGGGGGAAUGGAAAAUCGAUUUUGUGCAAUCUGCGGGAUUGCGCGUCUGGAGGAGGGGUUUUGUGCAAUCCGCGUCUGCGGCUUCGAUUUUGUGCAAUCUGCGUUGUGUGCCAUGCAAAAUCGAUUUUGUGCAAUGCAAAAUCGAUUUUGCGGGAUUCGGUUUUGUGCAAUGCAGAAUCGGGAUUCGGUUUUGUGCAGAGCAAAAUCGAUUUUGUGCAGUGCAAAAUCGAUUUUGUGCAAUGCAAGAUCGAUUUUGUGCAAUGCAAAAUCGAUUUUGCGGGAUUCGGUUUUGUGCAAUGCAAAAUCGAUUUUGUGCAAUCCGCGUCUGCGGGAAUGCAGAAUCCAUUUUGUGCAAUGCAAAAUCGGGAUUCGGUUUUGUGCAAUGCAAAAUCGAUUUUGUGCAAUGCAAAAUCGUUUCUGUGCAAUGCAAGAUCGAUUUUGCUGCUUUCGGUUUUGUGCAAUGCAAAAUCGAUUUUGUGCACUGCAAAAUCGGGAUUCGGUUUUGUGCAACGCAAAAUCGAUGCUGUGCAAUACAAAAUCGAUUUUGUGCAAUGCAAAAUCGAUUUUGCGGGAUUCGGUUUCGUGCAAUGCAAAAUCGAUUUUGUGCAAUCCGCGUCUGCGGGAAUGCAAAAUCGAUUUUGAGCAAUGCAAAAAUCGGGAAUCGGGAAUCGCCCCCCUUAAGUUGGUUGGCUCUGGCCUCUACAGUUUCGCCGCGCCACCGGAUUUUUUUUCGAUUUUCUUGGCCGAUAAAAAGUUGGUCCAAAUCACUACCAACAUGUGCUGGUAAUCGAAUUGGAGCGGUGAUGAAGUUUCGAGAUCGAGAUGGACCGGGCGAGGUUCUCUGUUGUUUCGAAAACAAAAGACAAUUAGAAGUAGAGUUUGGUAUCUCUUAGACAAAAAUAAAUGUAUCUGUUACACGAAAUAAAAGCUGCAACAGAAUUCAUGAAAGAAUGUCUUGAUUUAACAAUUACCCUCUAGUAAAACGGGCGCUCGACUAGAUCUGUUGACAGAAUGCGAACUAGGAACGUCCAUAUUUUUGGCAAAUGAAUCAUCACGACAACCUCAACAUGCCUAUGAAAAAGAACUUGAGCACGGGAGGACGAGGCCAGUACCUCAUUCUACUUGCAACGACCUUUUUUUAGCCAUACCACUAUCUUCCGGAGAAAAGCCUGCAAAGAAACUACUCCUGUAGUGUCCGCUAAGUAGCAUCAUCAUGUUUCUCAUAUUUGUUUCAAUGAACUGGUACCCAGCGGAACCCGCCCCCGCGAAUUCAGAACGCAAAAUGGACUACGAACAACGUAUGAUUCCGAAUGUAAAAAUCUAUGUAAAAUUUGACAAGAU